AUGAAGAUUCUUUUCGCAACCGAUACAUAUGCUUUUAGAGCUCUGGAUGAGGUGUAUGGCGACGAAGACCCCGAUGAUAAUGGGGCUAUUGGCACCGAAAUUCAUGUUGAUUGCGUCAUGUGGCUUGCUGAGGUAGCUCAAUACCGGCAAAGCUUGUCAUAUGUGCGGAUUGAGGAGGAAGCUGGACGGUCACCGUCCAUGAGAGUGCAUAGAACAGCUGCUCUUCACAAUGCUCCGCCUCGGGUCAAAGAGGCCUUCCACGCAACAGACAUCAAGAUCGAACUUUAUCUUCGGCCUUCCCUCUACCCCUCACUUUUGCGGCCUUAA